AUGGAGCUGACCAAAACAGAGGGUGAUGUCGACGGUAUAAUGGAAUGUCCAAGAGGCAACGAUGACCAGUCGCAACGAGCACGGGAGAAAUGGGACGCUUGGAAACAGCAGAACGGCCUCUCCCGCACCGAAGCCAAACGCCGCUACAUCACCACCCUCAUCGACACCAUGCACAAGUACGCCUCACCCUCCCCCGACUCCCGCGAACUAGUCGCCGAACUAGAAUUCGUCUGGGACCAAGUGAAAUCCAACGUGCCGUCCUCCUCCUCCUCCUCGCCGCUACGUACCUCCGACCACAUGACCCCCGGCUACUCGCAGCACGAACUAGGCCAAAGCGGCCGCGCAGCCAUGAACAGCAGCAACGACAUGGACCCCCAAUCCACCGAACGCCGCGCCGUGCCCCUCCGCGUAAAAUCACCAAUGUCGCAAUCCGAAGAAGAGCUCGAGGAAGAAGAAGCCGAAAUCGAGCGCGAAGGCGAGGUUUUCGUCGACGCCCCAGACUCGCAAUAUAACCCCACAUCCUACCCCGACGACGACGACGGCAACGCCCCCGACCUCGAAGACGCAGGCGUACAAACCGAUCUACAGCAGUUGAUCCGCGCAGAACCCAUACCUAUCCAGACGCCCACUCCCGCGCCACGGAAUCGCGGCAUGGGCGUCCUGGGCAAACCGAUUCAGAUGCCCAUACCCGGUUUCAGCAGUACACCCGCUCCCGCUGCUGGAAACGGUGCCGCAGCAGCAGCGAAAGACAGCUCGCCGAAAGAAUCAGUCGCAGACCAGAAAUGGCGGAAGCGCGUUGAGCAAUCGCUCAUGAAGAUGACGGCGGAAGUCGCCGCCCUGCGCGAACAAUUAGAAGCAAGGAGACUUGCUGGUGUGGAUGCGGCGGAAGAAGGAUAA